GAGAAAAAAACCAAAUACUCAAUUAUGAGUUGUUGUCCCUCUCUUUUCUCCCCACUCCUAUAUAUACCAAAACACCCUCACAAACUCAUAAAUUUUUCUCUCACUCCCUCAUUUUUUUCAUCCUAGUAGGGUUUUACACAGAACAAGUGAACAACCUCCAUUAAAAUCAACCAUAACCUCCAUCAAAAUCGACAUCAACCUCCAUUAAAAGCACAAUCACAAGGUUCGAAAAUGGACAAUUACGCGCUUCAUUUAGCUAUGGCGGCGUUAGUUGGAGCGUCGUUUGUUGCGGUUUCAGCAUACUAUAUGCACCAGAAAACUUUGUCGCAGUUGUUAGAGUUCGCUAAAUCUUUGGAGAGAGAAGAUGAAGAGGAUGAAGGAGGAAAGAAGCUUUCGCCUCGUCAUUUCCGGCCAUUAUCUGAUCGUCGUCGUCGGAAAAGUAUCGGAGUAUAUCGUCGUGCGUCGGCGUCGUUGCCGGAUGUUACGGCGAUUUCUGGCGGUGAGAUUGAUUGUUCCGAAAAGCGAAACGGUGUUCUUCCUGUUGAUGGAAUUCCUGAUGGUUUGCCUAGGCUCCGUACAAUUCAUGACGGAAAAGCUGCUAGCCUUGCAAGUUCAGCUAGUAGAUCUUUCCUGAUGAGACCUACAUCUCCAAAGUCCCCUGUUGCUAGUGCCUUUGAAAGUGUGGAAGGAUCUGACGAUGAAGAUGACUUCACAGAUAAUUCUAAAUUGGAUACUACGUAUCUGCACUCGAAUGGAAAUGCUGGUCCAGAAAUGAAGAACCAAUAUCAAGACUUACCUGGAAAUAGUACAAACGGAGACCAAGUUCCUAUAACUGCUCCGAGCAUGAUACGCUCUCACAGCAUAUCUGGCGACUUGCAUGGUGUUCAACCUGAUCCUAUAGCUGCCGAUAUUCUGAGGAAGGAGCCGGAGCAAGAAACAUUUGUGCGGUUAAAAAUCUCUCCAAGUGAAACACCUGGACCUGAUGAAGUGGAAUCUUAUUUGGUUCUCCAAGAGUGCCUUGAACUACGCGAGAGUUAUGUUUUCAGGGAAGCAGUUGCUCCAUGGAAGAAAGAAAUCAUAUCCGAUCCCAGUACGCCCAAGCCCAAUCCAAAUCCAUUCUAUUAUGUUCCUGAGAGAAAAACUGAUCACUUUUUUCAAAUGGAGGAUGGAGUUGUCCAAGUUUAUGCAAGUAAAGACUUGAAGGAGAAGAAGCUCUUCCCAGUUGCUGAUGCAACAACAUUUUUCACUGAUCUGCAUCACAUUCUUCGAGUUAUAGCAGCUGGAAACAUUCGAACCUUAUGCCAUCACCGGCUUGUUCUACUGGAACAAAAAUUCAAUCUUCAUUUGAUGCUUAAUGCGGAUAGGGAGUUUCUUGCCCAGAAGAGUGCGCCCCAUCGUGAUUUCUAUAAUGUCAGAAAAGUCGAUACACAUGUUCAUCAUUCGGCUUGCAUGAACCAGAAGCAUCUUUUGAGGUUUAUAAAGUCAAAGCUGAGGAAGGAGCCUGAUGAAGUUGUUAUAUUUCGUGAUGGUACCUAUUUGACUUUGAAAGAAGUCUUUGAGAGCUUGGAUUUGACUGGAUAUGACCUAAAUGUUGAUCUAUUGGAUGUUCAUGCCGACAAGAGUACAUUCCAUCGAUUUGACAAGUUUAACCUCAAGUACAAUCCCUGUGGUCAAAGUAGGCUAAGGGAGAUUUUCCUCAAACAAGAUAACCUCAUCCAAGGACGUUUUCUUGGGGAGCUGACCAAGCAGGUUUUCUCUGACCUGGCUGCCAGUAAAUAUCAGAUGGCAGAGUACAGAGUAUCAAUAUAUGGUAGAAAGCAAAGCGAGUGGGACCAACUAGCCAGUUGGGUUGUUAAUAAUGAUUUGUACAGUGAGAAUGUUGUUUGGUUGAUUCAGAUUCCACGACUGUACAAUAUAUACAAGGAAAUGGGAAUUGUAACAUCAUUUCAGAACAUGCUUGACAACAUCUUCCUUCCCCUGUUUGAGGUCACUGUUGAUCCUGGUUCUCAUCCUCAUUUGCACCUAUUCUUGAAGCAGGUGGUUGGGCUAGAUUUAGUGGAUGAUGAAAGUAAGCCUGAACGACGCCCCACAAAGCACAUGCCAACGCCUGAACAAUGGACCAACAUCUUCAAUCCUGCGUUUUCAUACUACGCUUAUUAUUGUUAUGCUAACCUCUACACUCUGAACAAGUUGCGGGAGUCCAAGGGUAUGACGACGAUAAAAUUCCGUCCUCAUGCUGGAGAGGCUGGUGACAUUGAUCAUUUGGCUGCAACAUUUCUCACUGCCCAUAAUAUUGCACACGGGAUCAAUUUGAGAAAAUCUCCUGUACUUCAGUAUCUCUAUUAUCUAGCACAGAUUGGGCUGGCGAUGUCUCCUCUCAGCAACAAUUCUUUAUUUUUGGAUUAUCAUCGCAACCCGUUUCCUAUGUUCUUCUUGCGUGGUCUUAAUGUUUCCCUUUCCACGGAUGACCCGUUACAAAUCCAUUUAACCAAGGAGCCAUUAGUGGAAGAGUACAGCAUAGCUGCUUCGGUGUGGAAGCUAAGUUCUUGUGAUUUAUGUGAGAUUGCCCGCAAUUCAGUCCUCCAAUCUGGAUUCUCUCAUGCUUUGAAGAGACACUGGAUUGGUGAAGACUACUUCAAAAGAAGUCCAGAUGGAAAUAAUAUCCACAAAACAAAUGUACCUCAUAUACGAAUUGAGUUUCGUCAUAUGAUAUGGAGGGAGGAGAUGCAACAGGUGUACCUGGGAAAAGCCAUUCUCCCUCAAGAAGUGGACAAGUGAUCCAGGAGCCGUAUUCAGAUCCUCCGUGAUCAGUGAUACGGUGAACUGCUUUAACUUAGGUACUCACAAACCCCGUUCCCUGGACUUAGGUCAUUCUUAUUAUGGAAAUAUUCAGCUACUCAUGCUUCUACUGGAAUUCCUUCAGAAACGACAAGAGUUGCGUAUUCAAGUAUUCGACUGUGCGCAUAAGUUACCCUCUUAUCCUGGUGGGUUGUUAUGGACUGAAUGCGGAAGUUACGUUCAUUUUGUUGUUGUGUACACUAGAGGUUUGAGGCUGGGCCAAACCCUCUCUGAGGGUUACAAAAUCGCAACUGUCAUCAAAUCUCAAAUUAUACAUCAAACUUCCAUAUUUAAAUAGGUUAAAAUUAUAGUGAAUACUUUUUUCGUUAUUACGAGGGAGCUUGUUAUUAUGUAUAAAUAAGGAGCACUUUUCUUAAGGAGGAAAGUGGAAGAUUGUCCACAAUUUUGGCCUUAUAAUGCCUCCACCGGUAUAGAUGUAUGUAUGGAGGUCGUGGUUGAUCAGACCAUUUAGUUAGUGAUUUCUAUUUGCAGAUCUUGAUCCCGAUAGCUAUUGUAACAUUUGUUUAAAUAGUUAAAAAUAAAUGUACUGCAGGGGUUAAAGGAGAUUAUUUUUA